CUCAGAAACCCUUUCGCUUCUUGCCAGGCAGUAUAUGUUGCGCUUGUGACUCUUCACCGUUCAGUUGUUCACGCAGUUCCCUCGUCUUGGCGUCGGUUGGAUCACUAAAAGGAUUGCCCCCUCAGCAUUUCAAAACGACGGGGAGAGCCUUGAUCGCUAGCCGUUUGCCGGGAUAUCUCUCUCUCUCUCUCUCACUCACGAAAGCAGCGCCUGAAACAUAGUCGUCUAUUAUACACAUCGACACCCGAUUCCCAAAUUUUAUUCCUUCCACACAUCUCGCUUGUGAGCGCGUGCCUGUACGUAGAUCAAACCGGAGCUCAUCCGCCGCCACUACCUAUCCAGCUGAAUUGAUUCUCACACUUAACAUCCGUUCGGGGCCACUGCAAAGACAAUUAACUUGUGUUGCAAAAGCUCACGUAUAUCAAAGUAGAACGGAGAGAUGGACAACUCUCACUUUGUUUGCGUUUUGAUCGGUUGUCUUUUCCUGGGAUCUGUUGUCGCCUCAUCUUCAGAUUGCAGCGGAAUAGAAGAACCGAAUCGAUUCAUCCUGUGCUACACCGACAGUUCCAUCAACUUGGAGAAUGACGACCUGGCCUGCCGUUGCUCUCAUCUAGUCGUGCCAUCCGUCGUGAAUAUCACGCAAAACAGUACGGACUUUGCGUUAAACGAAGAAAUAGUUGCGUACUUGAAAACGAUUAGUGGCUCCCGAAAUGGUGGGCGAAUGCGCCGCGUCCUUUCGCUGGCCGUGUCGGCCCGAGACUUUUCCGCCGACUCUUCCGUCCACUCGAUUGUUGGCGGUGUGGCGCGGAUGAUUGACGACCUACUUAUCGAAGGCGUGGAAAUCCAUUGGCAACAACCCAGCACCGACGAGAAUUCCAAGAAAGAUAAAGCCAACCUUGUUCUUUUCAUGAAGGAUUUGCACGCUGUUCUACAAGAGAAAGUGAUCGUCACCAGCACACCAAUUUCCACCACCCACAUCAACAGCACAAUUGCUGACGAUAUGGAAAUUGAUGCGAUGCGACCUUUGAUCCUACUCCGUCUGCCGACUUCACCGGAACAGCUGGUGAAAGGAUUCGAUCUCAAGCCUUUAGCGAGAACGGUCGACUUAUUCGUCGUCUCCACCCAUAACAUAGAGGACGCAUCCAACGCAACCUACCACCAUAGCCGCCUUAUGGGCAUCUCCGAUAUCCUGAAUACGGAUUCUGUAUUGGAUCUUGUGACAAGCCUGGGUGUAUCGUCCGAUCGUGUAGUGGCAGCCGUACCCACAUUCGCCCUCCAAUUUCAUCUGAGAGAUGCCAAGCAAAACCUACCCGGAUCCCAGAUUGCCCAAGGCCCCACUCAAAUCAGCAUGGAACAGCUGCACUCGAUCUUGAAGAAAGGCAAUUGGACGAUAGAGAGAGAUGACGAUUUGACAGGUACAUAUGCUUACUCCCAAGACGGAGAUUGGAUUGCCUUUGAUGACGAAAUGGCCGCUAUGAUCAAGGCCAAGUACUUCCUUUUGCGCGAUAUCGCCGGAGUGGCAAUCAUGCCCGGCAAUGUGGACGAGAAGCCCAGCCAAUCAGAAACGCCCGUUACUCCAUCCAUGACUCAAAUCUACUACGAACAAUUUCUCAAUCAAGAAUCUGGCAACCGAACCAGGCGUCAGCUGGCCAAAUCCCUGCAGGACGAUCUUUCUUCUGUUGCCACCACCCUGUCCAGUCCGUUGUACAACGACCGUGUCCGAGCUUCGCCCUACCGGAUCGUCCGCAUCGUCGCCCGUUCCGGCGAGACCAGCGUCGUCCGCCAGCCGCUGGAGAGCAGUCUGCAGUGCUCCCGUCAGGGCUAUUACCGCCAUCCGGAGGAUUGCGGAAGUUUCUACCGUUGCGUCAAAUUCGACCAGUACGUGGACGAUUUCACCGUUUUCGAGUACGACUGCCCGGAAGGAUUGGUCUUUGAUGAGAAGUGGGAAGUCUGCACCUGGCCGUCCCAGGCCGCUCCUUGCGGAGGAUCCAGCGAGAUUCGCCCAGUUCCCAUGAACAAAUUCGUCUGCCCAGGCGAGGGAUACUUUGCCGAUCCUGAAAACUGUCGCUGGUUCUUCGCCUGUCGCGACUACGCCAAGGACGGUGUCACCUUCACCCAAUACGAAUUCCGUUGUCCAUUUGGGCUCCUCUUUGACGAGGAAAAUUUGUUGUGCAACUGGCCGUGGCUGGUUCCUCAGUGCUCUGGAGGGGCUGUCGGCAGUUCCAGCAAUGCCAACGCCGUCAAGUUGAAGCAACCGCUGGAGAAGAAACCGGCCGCCAUCCCUAUGGGAAGUCCUGGAUAUCUGAGUGGCAAGUUGGUGACUGGAGAAGGUCUCUACAAGGAUCCCCGGCCGACGUACUACGGUGAAUCUGUCGUCUCUUCCGGUUGCGUUGAUUGCCAAUCGGCUGGACUAGUCGUCAAGGAACCAUCGCAGGGCUCUUACUCAGGAAAACAACAGACGAAAGUUGUCCUGGCUAUUCCUGCCGCCACCAUUGCCGGAGAAUCCAACCCUGUGCGCAUCAUUAUCGCCUCCCCCGCUUACUCCGGUGACCAGCAAUAUACAACGACUACAACAACGCCAUCCUAUUCGAAAGCUGUCCGCUACGAAGGUGGGGCAUCGACGGGUAGUUAUCAGUCGCAGAAAUAUACAGAUUCCCUUGCAGUGUCCGGAUCAUCUGAUCCUUAUGGUUCAUAUGCCUCAGCUGGGAAUCGCGGAACUGCUGUAGCCAUCAAUAACGCCCAGCUGGCAAGCUAUUCCCAAACUGAUAACACGAACGGUGACUCCGGUAAAGUUUCUGGCCCUGUAGGACCUUCCAAACCGGACAACUCUUUCAGCUACAAAGAAACUAGCACUUAUGAUAAGUCUACCAAGGAUGAGGUGGCCAAUACUCCUUAUUACCUAGUCAAACAACCAGGAAACGGUGAAAUUCGUGGCCCAGAUAGGACUGUUGAAAAUGGAAAAUACGACUCGGCUCAUACAUCGGAUGGAAAAUAUGUACCCUCAUCGUCUUACUCCGCUCCGGCUUAUUCAGCUCCAGUCUACUCCGCCCCGGCUUACUCCGAGCCGACAUAUUCCGCCCCGGCUUACUCCGAACCGACAUAUUCUGCUCCGGCUUACACCGCUCCGACGUAUUCCGCUCCAACUUAUUCGGCUCCAACUUAUUCGGCCCCGGCUUACUCCGCCCCGGCGAAAGCGGCCCCAACUUACUCUGCUCCAGCUUACUCCGAACCGGCCAAGACCGCACCGGCUUAUUCCGAGCCCACCAAGACCGCCCCGACUUACUCCAAGCCGACCAAGACCGCCCCGGCUUACUCCGCCCCGGCUUACUCUGUGCCGGCUUACUCUGCGCCGGCUUACUCUGCUCCGGCUUACUCUGCUCCGGCUUACUCUGCUCCGGCUUACUCUGCUCCGGCUUACUCUGCUCCGGCUUACUCUGCUCCGGCUUACUCUGCUCCGGCUUACUCCGAACCGGCCAAGACCGCCCCAACUUACUCUGCUCCGGCUUACUCCGAACCGGCCAAGACCGCCCCAACUUACUCUGCUCCGGCUUACUCCGAACCGGCCAAGCCCGCUCCGGCUUAUUCCGAGCAGACCAAGUCCGCCCCGGCUUACUCCGAGCCGACCAAGACCGCCCCGGCUUACUCUGCCCCGGCUUACUCUGCCCCGGCUUACUCUGCCCCGGCUUACUCUGCCCCAGCUUACUCCUCCCCAACUUACUCUGCCCCGGCUUACUCCGAACCGGCCAAGCCCGCUCCGUCUUAUUCCGUGCCGACCAAGUCCGCCCCGGUUUACUCCGCUCCGGCUUACUCUGAGCCGGCCAAGCCCGCCCCGGCUUACUCCACCCCGGCUUACUCCACUCCAACGGAUUCCGCUCCAACGUAUUCCUCUCCGACUUACACCUCUUCAACCUACUCCGCUCCAGAGCCUUCCGAUCAGGACUACAAUCCCGUUUACUCUGCCCCAGCCGACUCUUCUCAAUCCGCUCCGUCCUACUCCGCUCCAGCCUAUUCCACUCCGUCCUACUCCCCUCCAGCCUAUUCCGCUCCAGCUUAUUCGGAAAGCGUUCGUGAAUACAAACCUCCUACUACUGCCGCACCAGUUUACUCUGCUCCAGCCUACACCGAAAAAGCUCCUGAAUACAAAACUUCUACUACUGCUGCGCCAGUCUACUCUCCGUCCGCUCCAUCAUACUCUUCACCGGUUUACUCUGCCCCAUCUUAUACCGAAAAAGCUCCCGAGUAUGAUUCUUCUACUACUGCUUCGACAGUUUACUCUGCCCCGGCGUACUCUUCUCCUGUUUACUCCGCCCCAGCGUAUUCAUCUCCGGUUUACUCUGCCCCAGCAUACUCUGCUCCGGUUUACUCUGCUCCGGCUUAUACCGAAAAGGCUCCCGAGUACAAAACUCCCACUACCACCUCUCCAGUUUACGCUGCCCCGGCAUACUCUGCUCCGGUUUACGCUGCCCCAGCUUAUACCGAAAAGGCUCCCGAGUACAAAACUCCCACUACCACCUCACCAGUUUACGCUGCCCCGGCAUACUCUGCUCCAGUUUACGCUGCCCCAGCAUACUCUGCUCCGGCUUACUCUGCUCCGGCUUACUCUGCUCCGGCUUAUACAGAAAAAGCUCCCGAGUACAAAACUCCCACUACCACCUCUCCAGUUUACUCUACUCCAGCCUACACCGAAAAAGCUCCUGGAUACAAAACAUCUACUGCUGCUGCACCAGUUUACUCGGCUCCAGCCUAUACUGCUAAAGUUACCGAAUAUAAAACAUCUACCACUGCUGCGCCAGUUUACUCUGCGCCGACCUAUACCGAAAAAUCUCCCGAGUAUAAAACUCCCACAACUUCUACUCCAGUUUAUUCUGCCCCAGCCUAUACGACAAAAGCUCCCGAAUACAAAACUCCCACUAAAGCCGCACCAGUUUACUCUGCGCCGACCUAUACUGAAAAAACUACUGGGUACAAAGCUCCCACUACUGCCGCACCGGUUUACCCCUCUGCUCCGGCUUACUCCGUUCCGGCAUACUCCGAGCCUGCUGCUCCAGCCUAUACUGAAAAAACUCCAGGGUACAAAACCACUGCUGCGGCAGUUUACUCUACUCCAGCCUACACCGAAAAAACCGUCGAGUAUAAAACUCCCAUUACUUCUGCUCCGGCUUAUUCUCCUGCCGUCUACACAGAUAAGUCUCCAAUUUCUGUUUACGAUUCAACGGCUUCUGACUAUCGGGCGUCUAACACAAAGCUCCCGGCCAAUACCGCCUCUGCUUCCAUCGACGAAUAUUCUCCCGUUUACGAUGCACCAGAAUCAGUGUACAAGACUCCUACUAAAGUAGUUGUCACUAUGGAAACCGAAGACCAAGGAAAGAAAGGAUACCGUGGAACUGGUGGAGCUGCUGGAUCUGCUGGAUCUGCUGGAUCUGCUGGAUCUGCUGGAUCACGGGGUACAGGUGGAACUGCUGGAUCACGGGGCACAGGUGGAACUGCUGGAUCACAGGGUACAGGUGGAACUGCUGGAUCACAGGGUACAGGUGGAACUGCUGGAUCACGAGGUACAGGAGGAGUAGGUGGAACUCGUGGAUCUAAAGGCGCAGUGAAAUACUCUGAACCAGAAUAUAAUGCAGCGUCGGUCAGACCUAGUGUAGGAUCAUACGACAAGAACAAAUCAACCCAUUCGUCCAUGUCUAGAUAUCCGAGUGAUUACGAGACGACCGGCCAGAUUGGGGACGACACAUUUGGAUUAAAAGACAACAGCAAAUCCAAGGGGAAAUAUACUGGUUCCAGACCUUUGGCAAGCAAAUCACCAGCUGCAAACGAAAAGGUAGUAGACACCAAUAAAAGAAUUCCCAAUGAGUACAGUUCAACGAAUGGCAAGAGUCGUACUCAGCUAGAGAGAGGCGCUGGCAGCAGCACGAGUGGCAAGACGUACGCCACCGAUGGAACAACCAGAUAUCAAGAUUCCGAUUACAAAAAGCCAGCAGGAUCAGCAUCUAGGAACGAUUCUCGUGAAUCAAAUUCCUACACGACGACACCACAUUCCGUUUCGGUUAAUUACGAAAAAACUAAAGCUGAUUCUUCCACGAAAGGUGAAGUUUCAUACGGCGAUAAAAGAGUCACCGUUAAAGUCCCUUCCACCAACAAAGCCGCUAUUCUAGACAAGUGGGCAACUGUUAGUCCAGUUACUGAGACUGAACUAGCCCUUAUCGAGCAAAAAGGUACGACUGAUGAUUACAAAUCUUCUCCACGCCAACGAAUCAAGGGAAGAUUGAACGUCAAUUCCAAAAACCAACAACUCACCACCAGCGUUGCGCAACCCAGCGUCAAGCCUGUUGAUUCAAGCGCAUCUUCUGUCAGCCUCACUUUGAACAAAAACGACGGAAAAGUCUCGACUGGCAGUAGCGGAUCUGAAUACGGUCACCGAUACUUGGAGAAGAUCACCGUCGCCCAAGCGACGGCCAAAAACGAGACGCUGGGCCCGGAGGUAUGUGUUCGAGCCGGUCUCUUCCGUCAUCCGUCAGACUGUCAAAAGUUCUACGAGUGCUACUGGGAUCGCUGGAUUCACCAGUACACAGUUCACAUUUUCAAAUGCCCCGUUCACCUUGUGUACGAUGACUACAUCACUGCCUGCAAUUGGCCGUUGGACGGACCCGCUUGUGUACCUCAUGAAGCGGUCAAGCUGUACCCACAGCUCCUGUCUAAAGUCUGAUGAGGUUAUUUUUCCCAUUUAUUGCUAUUCCACAGGCAUUACCUUAUUGUGCAGCAAACGAAAUUAAUUUUAUUUUCUACAAGAGUAGGGUUUAAUAUAAUAUACACGAGUAGAUUUACACACAUAAGCCCAGCUGCAGUGAAACAAUGGAAUGUUCCUUUUUUUAGGAUUGUAAUUGGUUUCCUAUAUUUAAAAAUCGUAUGUAUCUCAAAGAGAUGGUUGGCGAUUAAAUGGUUGAUUGUAUUGAUGAUGCCAACAUUCAUUGUUUCACUUUGCUUUCCAAAAUCCUAUUUACAAAGCGAAAAAAAAUUAUGAUUUGAUCUGUAAGCCUCCACUUCUAUAAUUCAUGACAAAAUGAAUCUGACAUAGGUCACAGACUAUUCCAGCAUUGCUUUUCUUUUCCCUUUGGAGUUAAUAUAUAUAAUAAAUAUAUUGGAAUGUGCGUAACUAUUAUGAUCAUUAUCAUAUUUAAUUUCCCCCUUGCUUCGGGUAUUUGUGGCCUUUCCUCAAUGAAUAAAUGUGUAAUCUUUGAUAUAUGAAUCGAUAAGGUGCGAGACAACUAUAUUUCGAACUUGCCCGAGUCACAUUUACUAUACCGAAAGGUUAAAAAAGGAUUGUCAACAUGUCUAUAUAAGGAUAUAAGUUUCAUGCUUUUCCAACUACGAAAUUGAAUGGUGAAGUAAGUGCUUUAUCUUACUUUCUUUUGUGUGCACUUUCGGACGAGUUAAAUGCAUAAAUUCUUCAUGGGUAUUGUAUGUAUAGGUACAAAGCUUUCUAUUUUAUAAUACACAAUAUAAAUAAAACGGUA